GAAGGCCAUCAGCCGUGUGAACACUGCAGCACAUACAUGCGGGUGUACAACUGCUUCAUCUAUUUUGCUUCCUUCCACGCCACCGUCGGACCACUGCAGCCAGGCAGACAUCAGAUGUAUUGAAGACGAACCUCCGUGAAGAUUUAGCGAUCUGUUUCUACCUGUUGACGAAAAGGAUUGGAAAACCAAACUGCAGUCUCCCCAACUACGCAACAGGUUUGCUGGUUCCUGGAGCAUCAAAGGUGCAGUGGCAGUCAGGCUGCUCUCUGGUCAGAACAAACCCGUCGCCAUGGAUAUGGAUGAAGAGGAGAAUAUGAGUUCGAGCAGCACUGACGUUAAGGAAAACCGAAACCUGGACAACGUGUCCUGCAAAGAAGGGGUGGGUGUGCCUGAGCAACUCCCCAAUGGAAGCGGCCUGGGCAGUCGAAAGCGCCCACUUGAAGAAGGAAACAAUGGUCACACACACUCCAAGUUUCGAGCCAAGAAGCGCAAGAAAACACCAGGACCGAUCCUACCCAAGAAUGCCCUGAUGCAGCUCAAUGAAAUCAAACCAGGUCUUCAGUACAAACUCCUUUCCCAGACAGGACCCGUCCAUGCACCAGUUUUUGUCAUGACUGUAGAGGUCAAUGGACAGUCGUUUGAGGGCAUGGGUCCAACUAAGAAGAAAGCGAAACUGAGCGCAGCAGAGAAAGCGCUGCGUUCCUUUGUCCAGUUCCCCAAUGCUUCUGAGGCCCACUUGGCCAUGGGACGAACAUUGACCGUAAACACAGACUUUACUUCAGACCAAGCUGACUUUCCAGACAUGCUGUUCAAUGGCUUUGAGACGCCAGCCGUGCCUGAAGAGUCCUUCUAUGUCGGUUCUAAUGGUAGCAGCUCACUAAACUCACUAGGGGAGUACCCACUGCCCACACCACCUGGCAGCAACCUUGUCCAGGCGCCACUGCCCCCUCCAUCGGCGUUUAGCUCCCCCUCCAGUGGCAAAAACCCCGUUAUGAUUCUCAAUGAACUCAGGCCAGGCCUCAAAUAUGACUUUGUGUCAGAAAGUGGGGAGAGUCAUGCCAAGAAUUUUGUGAUGUCAGUGACAGUUGAUGGACAAACAUUUGAAGGCUCAGGGCGUAACAAGAAGCUAGCUAAAGCCCGGGCAGCGCAGGCCGCUCUCUCAGCUCUCUUCAACAUGCAACUAGACCAGACACCAUCCAGGCAGCCCAUACCCAGAGAGGGACUCCAGCUUCAUCUCCCACAGGUACUCGCCGACGCAGUCUCUCGACUGGUGGUGGAUAAAUUCAGUGAACUGACUGACAACUUCACCUCCCCCCAUGCACGACGGAAAGUCCUGGCAGGCGUUGUCAUGACAACAGGAACGGAUGUAAAAGAAGCACAGGUAAUUUGUGUUUCUACAGGAACUAAAUGCAUCAACGGUGAGUACAUGAGUGACCGUGGCCUGGCACUCAAUGACUGCCACGCUGAGAUAAUCGCCCGCCGCUCGCUCAUGAGAUACCUAUACACCCAGCUGGAGUUCUUUCUCAGCAACAGCAAAGAUGAGAAUCAGAAGUCAAUAUUCAUGCAUUGUGACAAGGGGGGCUACAAGUUAAAGGACAACAUUCAGUUCCAUCUCUACAUCAGCACCUCACCCUGUGGAGAUGCCAGAAUCUUCUCCCCGCAUGAAGCCGGUGUGGAAGACCAAGGAGACAGACACCCAAAUCGGAAAGCAAGAGGUCAGCUUCGGACGAAGAUCGAAUCCGGGGAGGGCACCAUACCUGUGCGGUCCAGCAAUACCAUGCAAACCUGGGACGGAGUGCUUCAGGGAGAGAGGUUACUCACCAUGUCCUGCAGUGACAAGAUUGCAAGGUGGAACGUGGUGGGUAUCCAGGGCUCCUUGAUGAGCUACUUCACGGAGCCCAUCUACUUCUCCAGCAUCAUCCUUGGAAGUCUAUACCAUGCCGACCACCUCUCCAGAGCCAUGUACCAGCGCAUCGCAGAUAUUGAAGACCUCCCCCAGCAGUUCACGCUCAACAGACCUCUUCUCAGUGGUAUAAGCAAUGCAGAGGCCAGACAACCAGGUAAAGCGCCCAGCUUCAGUGUGAACUGGACGGUGGGUGACCAGGGUCUGGAGGUGAUCAACGCCACUACCGGCAAGGAUGACAUGGGCCGAGCCUCACGCCUCUGCAAGCAUGCCCUCUACAGCCGUUGGGUGCGCCUGCACUCCAAGCUGUCUUCCGUGUUGAGGAUCAAGGUGCCGAAGCCCGCUUCCUACCACGACGCCAAGCAGGCGGCCACAGAGUACCACUCCGCCAAGCAGGCGCUCAUCAAGGCGUUCCACAAGGCCGGUCUGGGUGCUUGGGUCAAAAAGCCAAUUGAGCAAGACCAGUUCACACUCAGCUCCUGAGGGAGCAAUUUUACCAAGAGAUUUUGAACCCCCUCACCCCAAGUCCCCUGUUAGUCCUCCUCCCCCUCCCCCGACUGAUCCGGCCUGAAAGAAAGAUAUACCCACGUUAGGAGCCCGCCCACGUAGAACUUUGCCUCCGUCCGUGUUUGCACGCACUUGCAGCUGUAACCUGUUAUGGAAAUCAAUGUGCAUCGUUUCUUCAUCCAUCCUCAUCUCAUCAGGGGCAUUCCUGAAUUUGAUUUGUUUUUACCGACUGUGGGUAAAACUGGAAUCUUAUGUUGUAGACAUUGACCAUGCGUGUUUUGUCUUUUAUGUUGUUGGGUGAUGCAUGUUGUCAGAUUAGGGUGAAACGUAGCCUAGAUAUGCUCGGGCUGAAGCCGAUGAUAACGGACCUAAAGAUACACUUCAUACUAAUAAUAAUCACCAUGAGAAGAUGUGCAUCAUCUGCAGGAUUUAAAUGUAGUGCUGAGAAAAAAAAGAGUAAUAGCAAGUAGUAAAGUGUGAUAAUCUGAUCUUAGUAUCUUUUAUUAAAAAUGGUAAAAGACACGUUGGCCUUUUUCUGCUUACUUGGGAACAAAGUAAGUCAGGUGUCACAGUAGAUUUGUUGCCUGUGUAUUUGUUGUGAUGGUAUCAUUAAGGGGGGGGGGGUGUCUUGUAGUCCCUGCUAGGUCUUGUUUUGUGUGUGUGUGUGUGUGUGUGAGGAACACAUACAGAGUGUGAAUGCAUGGCAGCAUCUUCCUCAACGGGCAGCUUUCAGUCUAUUUUCUACAUUUGUGCUUAUUGUUUGGUCCAACUGGAAAAAAAGGGGGUUUUGUUUUCUUAACAGUGGUCUUUUAUAGUCUAAAUUAUACAGCAGUUUAAAAUAUAUAUAAAUAUAUAUAUAGAUUUGAACGGUUGAUAUUUUUGUAUGUAUGAAAGUACAUACCUGCUGUCAGUAAAAAUGUAUUUAAAAGUAUUCACUAUGCAAAACUUGCCCGAUAUAGUUUAUUUAUCGUAUACUAUUUACUACAUUGUUGACAUGUCGGCGUCCAUUUUAAUGUUAAAAGCUAAUAAUUAGUCAAGCUAAUGUCACUUUAAAGCUAAAUUUGGAGAAUGUUCAUGCAAGAGUUUGAACCGAUUGGAAGUAUUUAUUAUUGAUUAGUAAGGGUGGGCGAUACUGCAAGGUUUGAUACUGAUUCAAUGUCGAGUCAUUACCACGCCAGUAUUGGGAUUUUGCCUCAAAAUAAACACUUUAUAUAUAUUUUUGCCAACAAUAUAAUAAUACAGCAAAAAAUAACGCAAGUAAAAGAUACACCCAUAAAAUGACUAUUGUUGACACCCACAGCACAUUCCCCACAAAAACACUCCUCUUCUCUCUUUAGUUGCCAUUGUUCACUCACAACACAAUCCAGGUUAAAGCACUAAAUAUGCCAUGCACACUUAUCAACAUCCUUCGGCCUGGUUGUUAGGCCAGCAGACUAGACCAGAUUUAUCACAGGGGUGUCCAAACUUUUCCACUGAGGGCCACAUACUGAAAAUGGAAAAAGGUCACUUUGAUAUUUUGUAAAGCAACACAUUUAGAUGUGCUAAAAAGUUAUACAUAUUUUAAGAAAAAAAUGCAUUUCAGCUUUGUGAUAUCGCUGAAAAGGCCUGCUAUUUGUAUGAACGUCUCUUCUUUUUUGCUCUUUUAUUCCCAUUUUUAAAGUUUUAAGUUUCCCAAGUUUUAAGUUUUUUUUUAAUUUUCCAAAAAUUUCAACUUUCUUCUAAAAUUAUAUUUUUAUUCAUUUUAUAUUUCUAAUAAAUUUUCUUUUCCUAAUAUUAUGACUUUUUUGCCAUUAUAUCAUAGCUUCCCCACCAACAUUGCUAAAAACUACAGUGUUUUAUUUAGUUUUUUUCAUACUGCAAAAUUAAAAAUAUAUUUUGUUUUAUUGUAACCCCUACUAAAAUUGGAUUAUUUUCCCCUCAUAUUGGGUCAUAUGGGUUUAUUCUUGUAAAAUAGUGACUUUUUUCCCCAUUAGAAGACAACAUUCCUUUGCUUAAUAUUUUGACUUUAUUCUCAUAAAAUAGCAAUUUUUUUCCAUUUCUCCUGUCAUUUAUUUUCCCAACUAUUUCAGACGUCUUCUUGUAAAUUGUCUUUUCAUAAUUAUGACUUUAUUCCCAUAACACUUCUGACUUAAACGUUAUUUGUUUUUUUUAGGUUUCUGAUAAUUUUAUGACUUUAAAUGUUUGAACAUUAUGCUACUAAAAUAAUGUAAUUUUUUCCUCAUAGAAAGAAAAUGUUAUUCUUGUAAAAUUACUGUUUAUUUUUCAUUUUUUUAAUGAAUUUCUUUUAUUUAAAUUGUAUUUUUAGAAUGUGUCAGGGGCCAAUAAGAAAAAAACAACAACCCGCAGGCCACAUUUUGGACACCCCCGUGUUAUCGUAACAAUUUACCAUCAUAUCUUAACUUAGCUUCAGCCCAUCAAAGCUUAUACUUCCAUACGUUUCAUCUCACAGUACAAAACAGUUCAAGGACCCCUGAAAUCUCACCACUUAUCAGUGAAACUGUACAUUUCCACUGAACAUUUGACCUGCGUUAUCAUGCCUUUAUACUGUCAAUUAUUACCCACUUCGGGAAAAUUAGAUGUAUUUUCAACGUAGGUAAUGCAAAAAUAUAAAUCUCAUGGCUCUCGCAUGGACCCAAUACUGAUACCAUCAAAUGAUAUCGACAUUUGUAUCGGUCCGUCCACCCUUACUGAUAGAAGAUUGACAGGUUUUGUACACUGGCGUCAUUGUUGUUCCAUUAAAGUCCAGUGCAUUCAAAUUGUUGUAGAUGUAGAAGAUGUUUGGUGUGAUGUCAGGUGGAGUUGGCUGCUUCACAUUUAUCUUAAUACCUCUAAAAAAAAAAAAAAAAAAAAAAAGUUUUUAAAAUGGUAACAGUGACAGUAAAGUAACGGUCAUCUUGUCGAGUAGUUUACAUCGCUCUGUCAUCCUAGGUCAGGGGUGUCCAAAGUGUGGCUUGUGGUUGUUGUUUUUUUUAUAGACAUUGGCUCAUUUAAAGUGUACAAGGAAAAAAAUGUGGAAAGAAAAUAUAAUUUUAUCAGAAUUAAGUCAAAAUAUUACAAGCAUAAAGUCAGACAAAAAUUUUAUCUACUAUUAUUAAAUUGAUCUAUUACUAUCUACUUUAUCAGUAUGAAAAAAAAGUUGUACAUUUACGAGAAUAAAGUCAAAAUAUUAGGUGAAUAAAGUCACAAUAUGACCAAAAAGUUAGCAUCCUAUGAGGAAAAAAGUCAAUUUAAGCAAAGUUGUAACCUUUAGGGGGGGAAGUUGACAAGAAUGGGUUGUAAUUUGAGGGUGGAGAAAGUCAUUUUUAAUGCCUAACAUUAAAAUAUUGACAGUCAUAAUACUGUGGAAAAACAAAGUUGCCAUUUUUGGAGUAUGGGGUUGUAAAAAAAAUUAUACUACCAGCAUCAAGGCAAAUCAUUAUGGGAAUAACGUCACAAUACGAGAGCAAACAAUUAGGAGAAGAACAAAACAACAGCAAAAAACAAAAAAAAUUGCUUUCUUGAAAGACUGAAAAUAUAACUUUAGCAUAACUACAUGUUGCUUCAGAAAAUGGAAAAUUGCAUCCUUUGUCAGAUAUGUCCUCAGCCAUCGGUAGAAAAACUUUGGACACCCCUGUCCUAGAAGGUUGUUAGAGCAGGGGUCGGGAACCUUUCUGGCUAUUUUAACAUUUAUUUUUUGGAUGGAAAAAAAAGAUGGAAAAAUGUAUUAUUAUUAUUAACAUUGUUAAUAAUAAUAAAUCAAAUACUCCUUCCCGUGAAUGCGACUUCUGUGUUGCAUUGUUUUACGCCGUAUCUUUCCUUCUUUUCGCCAUUGGGCUCACCAGCCACAGGUUUCCUACCCCUGCAUUAGACCCCAGUGGGCGUACUUGACGAGGUCACAUUCUCUUCCCAGUCAGAAACUUUAGUGUGUGUGUGUGUGUGCGCGCGCGCGCGGGCUCAAGCUGCUUUAAGCAUACUCUGGAAUCUUCACCAAAGAUGAUGUCCAUGUGUGUGUCUUUUUUUUUGUUUGUUUGUUUAUUCACAAUCUGCUGAAAAUGAUGUAAGAAAUAUUGAAAUCCUGUUUUGGUUUAUUUGAUGUAUAUUGUAACCCACCAUCAUGAUUGCUGAAUUAUUUGUAAAUAAGCAACGACGUCAAUGACUAAUUGUGUACUAUCAGAUCUUCCCAACCUGAACUGUUUGUUCUUUUUUUUGUUUUUUUUGCUGGAAUUGUGUUUCUAUUUCAGUGUAAUUAUUAGUUCUUCAGUACGUGGGCACCAUAAAGCAUGGCACCAGCACUGCCAUGAUUAUUCCAGGCCUCACUGUCAUUGUAGCCAACAAGAAGACAAACAUUAUGCACUGUAUGUACCGAGCCUCAGCAACUAGCAUCCUGCACGUGUGGAGUCAGGAGGUCAGGAGGUCAGGAGCAUCUCUCACGUGUCAUCUUUCAAUUGAGAAUCUUCCAGAAUUGAAUGUCAACAGAAAAUUGGAUGUUUUUUUUUUUUUUAAAAAAGAAAGAAAAUCACAACAAUCCUGCGCCAAAGUCCCAUGCGAUAUCCCUCCCAUCUGCUGUGAUGUCACUGCAUUGCCAAACCCCCCCCACCUCCAGACUGAGCUCUUUUGUAGAUUUGCCCUUAAAAGACUUCUUCCUGCUUGUACUUUUUUCUCCUUUUGACUGCACCGAAGAUGUCAACUGAUGAUGUCACAAUAAGAACCCGUCCCCUCGCCGUGGAGACAAGAACUGAGCUGAAUUAUCCUCAUCCCCCCCCCCAGACCUGUAAAUUCUGAAUGAUUCUCAGUGCCCCCCAUUCCAAGUGUGUGAAAUCUGGACAGUAAAACCUUGCAUGUAUUUACCAACACUGACGCUGCACCUCGCAUGAUUAACUUCUAAAGGACUCGUGUAGAGACAAAAAAAAAAGAUACAUAAAAUGAACAAAAGAAUAAAAGACUUCUUAGUUUACUUCCGCAUGUGUGUUGGAAUUGUUUCUUGGUUCGAUUUUCAUUAAAAUAGGAGGAUGUCGUCCAAUAGAAGACUUAUAAAGAUGAUCAAGACAUGUAAUCUGUUUCCUUUAAAAGGUCGGUCCAAAGCCGAAUCAUUCAUUCAUUUUCUACCGCUUAUCCUCACAAGGGUUGCAGGGGUGCUGGAGCCUAUCCCAGCUGUCUUCGGCGACCCCGGACUGGUUGCCAGCCAAUCACAGGGCACAUAUAGACAAACAACCAUUCACACUCACAUUCAUACCUUUGGAAUUUGGAGUCACCAAUUAACCUAGCAUGUUUUUGGAAUGUGGGAGGAAACCGGAGUACCCGGAGAAAACCCACGCAUGCACGGGGAGAACAUGCAAACUCCACACAGAGAUGGCUGAGAAUUCUAUCCCAUUUUUGGCCCCAUGGAGGG